AUGUUGAACUCAGAUAACCCAGCUUUCUAUGAAUUCUCUGAGCAGGAGCUAACCCGGAUCGACCCCAGGCGCUGCCCCGACCUCUUCGACAGAACCAUAUACGAAUCCGAUGAAUUUCGGAUGUAUGGGUUCAAGAUCAAGCAGUGUCCGAGGAGGCGGCGGCACGAGUGGACACAGUGUCCCUUCGCUCACCGCGGUGAGAAGGCACGCCGGCGAGAUCCCCGAAGAUACAACUACGCCGCCGUGCCCUGCCCGGACUACCGCGAAGACGGAGAAUGCAUCAGGGGGGACACUUGCCAAUUCGCCCAUGGGGUCUUCGAGUACUGGCUGCACCCCGAUAAGUACCGUACUCGCCUAUGCCAUGCCGGCGAGUUGUGCGACAGAAGGGUCUGUUUCUUCGCACACUCGCUGGCGGAGCUUAGGCACCACAACAACGGCCGUCAGCCUGUCCAGGCCGUCGGUGAACCAUCACAGCGGAGAAGAUGGCACCGCGGUGGAGAAGCCUCGACGUCGGCGGCAAUGCAACAAAGGCCGAGCGAGGGUACUUCCAGCUGGGGCAGCAACCCUGAUUUUUUGGCCAGCUUAAGCGGCUUAACGAUCAGGGAAGGUGAUCGGACGGCAAGGGGUGUCCCGCGUCGAUCGGGGCAGCAAUCAAAUGCCCCUGAUAUAGGGUGGAUUGCUGAUCUGGUGGAUUAA